AUGUUCGGUCUAUUUCUUUCCGCAGAGCUCCAGGGAGUCACAGAGUUGGGACCCACGCUACCCUACGAGUUCUCCUUCAAAAUUGAGUGCAAUUCGUGCCAUGAGGUCCACGAAAACUGGGUCACCAUGAACGCCCAGGACAAGAGCGACAUCAGCGGCAGUCGAGGAGACGCCAACUUCGUCUUCAAGUGCCGCUUCUGCAAGCGAGAGUCGUCUGCCACCCUCACCGAGACAGGCAAAACUCUCAACGCCGACGAUAAGAAGCCCGCCGAGAUUCUGCAGAUCGACUGUCGAGGUCUCGAGCUCAAGGAGUUCCGAGCCGACGGUGACUUCCAGUGCAAGGGCGAGUCUGGCACACCUUUCAAGGAGAUGGAUCUAUCCGAGGGCGAGUGGUUUGACUACGACGAGAAGAACAGUGAGGAGGUGUCCGUCACUGAUGUUAAGUGGGAUAUCAAGCGGGUGUAG